AGCCGUAGCUUUCAGCAUGCAACUCUUUCUAGCUGGCAAACUCACAAAGGGCGAGGAAAUAGUACUGGACAAAAUUGAAAUUGUGACAUGACGAUGACACGUCACCAAAGUCGCUCGACUCGUCAGGACUCGUUAGAGAAAUACCUGUUGCUUAUUACGUGGAACGCUCCACUGCUAGCUGCUAGCAUGGCUAAACGAAAAGGAAGCGGGAAUUCGGGGCUAAUGCCCGUCGCGGGGAGAAACCUGCCAAAUUAAACUAAUUCUGACUGCAGAAGCCUCAUUGGCUUCAGUUCGACUUCUCAACACGUGUUGACAUGGGAGAUGAACUGCGCACAUUUGUCUCCUACAUUUGGAUUAGGCACCAGGAGGGCGUGGCGUCGCGUCGCGUCCACGGGCGAGUGACGGAGCAACUGGCCACGUGCGUGUUGUUCUCAACCACACCUCGAAAGGUUAUGAAUUUGUCCUUUAAAUGAUCUCCACGCGCUCAGAUGUGAACACAUCAUGUGCCCGCGGCAGGUUUGUAGACACCCUCAGUCACCUCGCAUGCUGUAACGUGGGCUGGUGUGUGUGCGUGUGUGUUGUCAGCGCUAGCAGCGCUAGCUCCGGCUAGCUCCGGCUAGCUAGCUGAAAGAUCGGCAGGGCAACAGGUGGGAUUUCCUCACAGUACUUUUAUCUGGUUGCAGCCUCACUGGCUCCACGGCACUGUCGCUCGUGGACGCGUGUGUCCACGUGAGUGCAGUCCCGCACCAACUCGGUACGAAGACAGAAGAGAGAAAAAAAGGAAAUAAGAGGCGGCGCCACCUAGUGGCGCUACACUGUACAACACGUCUGUUACCAUGCGAGCGGGGCCGGCUGCGUAUCUCUCUGGUGGCGCUGUGGCCUGAUAAACAGGCUGUUCAGUAAUUCAGCGUUAAUGCAGAUUAUAGCGGGACUGGCCCCCUUUAAAGCAGAUUAGGGAAGUCCCUGUCUGUCCGCCGGCCUGUCUGCCUGUCCCCUUGUGAAUGCUGGCAGUGCAGCUCAUGCGGGACAGGAAGACACGCCGAUCGCAGGUCAGUCACUUUGGGUCACGCGUGUGCGACGUUGUACUGCUUCUAGGUGGUAGAUGUGUAGAUAGCGAUGUAUAGUUCUGAUAGCAGGGGAUGGGGGCAUGUUGUAUACAGCCCUGCUCUUGAAGUGCUAGAGGAAUGUGUGGAGUGAGCACCGUGGGCCGCCGAAUGGUUUCACACUCCAGUAGGCACGCCACUCACGCAAGUUGUGUGACCUCGGUUUCCCUUGGUUACCACGUUUAACAGCGUUUUCAGCGUUUUUUUUUUUGGAGCCGUUCAAAUUCUAAUCUGCCUUUGCCCCGAGGAAAAAUAGCCAACAAAUUGUACUUUUAUUAAUGAGAAUUAUUGGGCUUUCAUCUGUUCUGCUUGAUGAAAAAAGGGAAGAAAAAAAAAUCUGCUUUCUAGGUCUUUUUCUGUCUGUGAAGAAUAUUUGAAUAGCCUCAGAUAUUUUUUGAAAGAAAAGAAAAAAAGGGGGCUUUACAGAGAAAUACCAGGACCUCCAUUUGGAUAACAACACACUGCUGGAAGAAAGGAAGGGCACACAUGGUGCAGAGAAGCAAGCUGACUCCAGCACAUGCAGACAGAGGGAGAGGGGGGAUGAACGAAGUGCGCACAUGUGAGGAUCUCCUGAACUGCCGGGGCAAAGGGAGGACUGGUGAAGAGGGAAGAAGAAAAAGAAGAGGAGGAAAAGAGGACUACUGCAGUGACCAGCCAGACUCUCUCUCACUCCCCCUCUCUCUCCCUCCCCCUCUCUCUCUCUCUCUCUCUCUCUCUUGCUGCUUCAACGCUUUCAUCCCCCUGUCUUCUUCAUCCCCUCCUCUCCCUCUCUGCCAAUUAUACCAUGAACCUGCCUGCUGCUUGUUGCUAAGGGGGAGCCAACCGGGGGAGCAGAGUGGACCAGGCACUAUUUUGUUUCUAAGACAGGACUGAGUGAAAAAUGGCGGAGGGGUCUAGAGACCAUGGAGGCGCGGGCACCACCACUGAUCCCGAGGAGGACUCCCCCAAUAUGAUCGUCUACAGAAAGAUUGAAGACAUUGUUACAAGAAUACAAGAUGAGAAAGCCGGAGGUGUCGCCAUCCGGACCGUCAAAAGCUUCCUCUCCAAGAUCCCCAGUGUUGUAUCAGGGGCGGACAUUGUUCAGUGGCUGAUGAAAAACCUCUCCGCAGAGGACCCAGCUGAAGCCAUCCACCUCGGGAGUCUGAUCGCCGCACAUGGCUACAUCUUCCCCAUCUCUGACCACGUCCUGACACUCAAAGACGAUGGGACCCUUUAUCGCUUUCAGUCGCCAUACUUCUGGCCUUCAAACUGUUGGGAGCCUGAGAACACAGACUAUGCCAUUUACCUGUGCAAGCGCACCAUGCAGAAUAAAGCCAGGCUCGAGCUGGCCGACUACGAGGCCGAGAACCUAGCCAGGCUGCAGCGGGCCUUCGCCAGGAAGUGGGAAUUCAUCUUCAUGCAAGCUGAGGCUCAAGUGAAGAUUGACAGGAAGAAGGACAAGGCAGAGAGGAAGAUCCUGGACAGCCAGGAGAGGGCAUUCUGGGACGUCCAUCGACCAGUGCCAGGCUGCGUCAACACCACGGAGAUGGACAUCCGCAAGUGCCGACGAGAGAAGAACCCACACAGGGUGAAAAAGUCGGUGUACGGGGUACCGGACGAGGGACAGAGCCAGCCGAGUCCCGUCCACAGCAGCUCCCAGCCGACCAGGAAGCCCACCAAAGAGGACGUGCAGAAGGAGAUUUCCUUCUUGAACAUCCAGCUGGACAGACACUGUAUGAAGGUUUCCAAAGUGGCCGACAGUCUGAUGAGCUACACGGAGCAGUUCAUGGACUAUGACCCCUUUGUGUCGGCCACCGAGCCCACCAACCCCUGGAUCAGUGACGACGCUUCCUUCUGGGACGUGGAGGCGAGCCGCGAUCCCAGCCAGCAGCGUGUGAAGAAAUGGGGCUUCUCUCUGGAGGAGGCGCUGAAGGACCCGGCAGGUCGAGAUCAGUUCCUGAAGUUCCUGGAGUCCGAAUUCAGCUCAGAGAACCUGCGGUUCUGGUUAGCGGUGCAGGAUUUGAAGCGGCGGCCGCUCCAGGACGUGUCUGCCAGGGCGCAGGAGAUCUGGACAGAGUUCCUGGCCGAGGGGGCGCCGAGCUCCAUCAACCUGGACUCGCACAGCUACGAGCGCACGAGCCAGAACCUGAAAGACCCAGGGCGAUACAGCUACGAGGACGCUCAGGAGCACAUAUUCAAGCUAAUGAAAAGUGACAGCUAUGCACGCUUUUUGCGAUCCAACAUCUACCAAGACCUCCUGUUAGCCAGAAAGAAGCAGCAGCCAGCAGACACUGAGCAGGGCCGCCGCACCUCCUUGGAGAAGUUCACCCGCAGUGUGGGCAAGUCUCUGACAGGAAAGCGCCUGACAGGCCUGAUGCAGUCAUCCUGACACAGCCUGUGCCGGAGGGACCCCCGCACAGUGGCCCGGGCUGGGGCACAGACGGUGGAGUUGGGCGGGACGGGGCUGCUGUGGAGGCUCUCAGACACUGCUCCGAGGACCGCUGCCACACUGGUGGUGCAGCGCCGCGCCCGCUGGGGGUGAACAAGCCAAAACGGAACCACUGAGGAUAAGACAAUGCUGACAAAGGAAACCUCAGCCAUCACACCACAUGGCAUGCAACGUUCAGUACAAGCACAUCCGGACCGGGGGCCCUCGUCUCAUCACUUGGCUGCCAAACGUCUUUGUGAGGCUGUUUGUCAGCUGAGCUGAUUAGGUAAUGUUGUGAUGAUUGUCUUUAGUAUACAUAUUUAUUGGAUAUCAAAAGCAACAAUGUUUUUUGGUAGGGUGAAAAAAAAAACAUUUCAAUGUUAUUUGCAAUGAAUUGACUAUUGCUUUAAUUGUCCUAAAACAGCCGGGGCCGUUCCUAACUCAGACAUAUACCUGCUUGAAUAAAGGGUCAAAGAGGCACAUCACCACAAAUCUACUUUACAAAUGUCUCUGUACUACACAAGACAGCCAGCAAUAAAUAAAGCAUGACACCACUUUUUUUUUUCUUUUUUUAAAGAAAUAUAUCCAACCUCUUUUUAUAACCUUGAAAUUUAUAUUAUAUCUGUUUCUUAUAAAGCACUCGACAUGUCAGUUAAAAAGCGAACAUGGGUUUGGCAAUAUUCAAGAAAAACAGUCGGUUUCUCCAGUAAAUUCAUCCACAAAAGUGAUUUCUGAAGUCCUAACGCUUCACGCUUCAUUACAUUCCAAAAUCUGGCAUAAGGGCUUAACGUAGCAUCCACACGGCACUGUUGUACGUUUCAUCCAAAUGUCUUCGUUGAGGAUUGAGGUUUUGUCUCCACGACAGUGCUUUGUAAUGAGACAAAAGAUGCUUUAUAGCAAAAGAUGAAUUUAUUCCAGUUGGUUCACUGUUUUGACAACUUCCAGGCUUCCAAGUUCCUAAACAUUUCAGGCGGCACAGUCAAGUGAAUCAUUUUUCAAACCUCUGCGUGAGAGGGGCUUAGAAAUGGUCUGCAUGGCUGUGAACCGGUGAUUUUGAGGUUUUCUUUCGUUCGAAUGUGCUCGGUCACAUAACAUCCACAUGCUCCCACUUGUAGAGUGACUUUUAAAGUGUCCAGUGCCAUGGGUCCAUCUAGUGGUGGUUAUACUACAGGACCAGCAACACAGUUUCAAUAAUGUACUCAAAACAAAGUGAAGGACAUGAUGUCAAAAAAGUAUUUGUUCUCCAAUCAUGGAGAUAUUCCAAGGCCUGCUGCCCAAUACGGGAUCAUUUAUGUUGUGUUGUCUUUUUGUACUGCAUGAUUAGCCCAUCUUUUAUUUUCUGAAAACAAUGAAAACCCGGCCCAUGUCUGCUCGGCCAAACGUUUGCCGCAGUUGUCCGGAUAAUAGUGUCUCGUGUUGUAACGCCAAAGGGGGAAAGUGGUGCAUGUUAUUGGACCAUAACGUGUGGAGUGUUGAAUCUCCAAAGAGCCUGGACUGGGGCAACGCGCCUCACUGAAUGGACAUCAGAGCCCUGAAUUGCAACUGGGAACAAUCUCAGAGCUCCACUGAACAUCAGGGGCCUCCCUGCUCCACUGUGGCUUCAGCCUUCUUCUACGGACAGAAAGUGCUCCGACUCAAAGACAUUUUAAUCUCACGGCGCCACCGUGAGGCCAGUGACUGCUACAGCGACAGACUGCACCGCUGAAUGAGUGAAUAUUGUUUUCCUACUCUUUAGAGUCGUGCGAUGCACUGUACAGGUCAUAUCAGUAAUUAUCAUCAUUAUCCAUGAAUCAGUAACCUCUUGAUUAUAAGGUAGAGAGAGAGAGACGCUUAACUCGAGUCGAUUUUUCCAAAUGUUACUCUCAGCACAAACCCAAUGACACUAUGUACAACGUGCAUUGUAGAUGGAAAUUUUGCUUCAUUAUCCAAAAAGCACACUUUACUAUGAUAUGGGCACAUAACUAUGCAUGUAACAUAAUCAGGGCAUUUUGUGCUUUUAGUUCCUCAGUCAGCAAGAUGACUACUGGCACUCCACAACACUCAAGCACCUGCUAUCUAUUCAUGGGUACCAAAUAAUAAAAGCUCUGGACCUGUC